CAGUGACAAAUACAGGCUGAAAGACUAUAGCAAUGAACGAACGCGAAAGCGACGGACGAAGAGGAAACCGUAGAAAGAAUUAUUCAGGAUGGUUGAAACGGGAGAUUCUAUCAUGAUUUUGUUUCGGGUCAAGAAGUGAAUCUCUCUGUAUAAACGUAACAAUGCCCCGCAUUCAAUUUACAAUGAUAAUUCGCACGAUCAAACGAGAAUGGAAUUAAGGGGAAACUAAUAAAAAAGCAGGAAUCGUGCACCAAGCGAAUUUUUCAUUUCUAUGGUUUUAGUUCUCAUCAAUCAACAGCAAUCGUUCAAACGUUUGCGAUGGAAAGCAAAAGUUGCAAUAAUUUCAUAAGUUAUGUUGGACUGGAGGAACACGAGAUGCAGCCACUAGGUUCUAGUCGACGUAAUUCUGUAUCCGAGAACAAUAUUAAGUUGUUACCAGGUGAAAUCUUCAUCACCAAAGCACAAAAUGUCCUUAUGUUCUCACCCGUUAGUGAUUUAAAUCAAGGAACAUCUGGCAUUCUAUCUGUUACAAAUUUCAAACUUACUUUUGUUACGACUGAUGAGACAAAUGGAGAAGACGUGGCUCGUCAACAAAAUCAUCUUUAUGGGUAUAUGGACACAUGUUUAACAAACAUAGAAGAUAUUUAUGUAACUGUAGGAGAUAAAAAAAGAAAAUUGAUUCCCGGAAAUAUUGUACCAUCUAAAGUAAAAGGGAUAUUUAUUAUUUGUAAAAAUUUACGUACGUGGUCCUUUUCUUUCAAAUUUUCACCUAUCGGAGAUGGGAAGAAUCUUUUGCAAGCAUUAUUACAUCAUGCUUUCCCUAGCAGACACCAGUUGUUAUUUGGUUAUGAUUAUCAAGAAGCUUAUUAUAGUAGUCUUGACAAAGCUGUUCGUUUGUUUCGGGAUAUUUCGGAUUGGCAUAACGAAUUGGAACGCACCAUACGCAAUGAAAAACUCAGAAAAUUUUGGAGACUAUCUACCGUUAAUAUAGACUUCAAGCUUUGUCGUAGUUUGUCUCGAUAUAUAAUUAUACCGGCAUCGAUUACCGAUGGUCAGCUAAUAGACGCAGCUAAGCGCUUUCAAGGUAACCGUCCACCAAUUUGGUCUUGGUCGAAUGAGCGUGGUGCAGCAUUAGUAAAAAUGUCCGAACUUUCGCCGUUAGCUACCAAUAGAAUACAAGAAAACAUUAUGUUCGAGAACGUUCGUAAAAGUCAUCCACAAAAAAUGCCACCAAUCGUUUUAGAGCUAAAUAAAGGUAUUAGCGUGAAGUUAAUAGCAUUAGCUUUUUCAAAAUUUGUCAACUUGUGCUCUCCAGAAAACAUUAGGCAGUUUUGGUUACAGGAUAAUAAUUUUUAUUCGUUAGUAGAGAACACAAAAUGGUUAAAGCAUGUAUCAUACUGUUUACAAAAAGCUGUUGAGGCCUGUGAGCACCUUCAUUUAGGAUUCUCUGUUAUUUUACAAGAAGGUGCUGGCACAGACCUUUGUUGUAUUGUAUCGAGCUUAGUUCAAUUGUUACUUGAUCCUUAUUUUCGAACCAUAAAUGGGUUCCAGUCUCUUUUGCAAAAAGAAUGGGUUGCAGGUGGACAUCCAUUCUGUGAUAGAUUAGGUCAUAUUUCUAAGAGGACUUCAGAGAAGUCUCCGUUGCUUCUUUUAUACCUUGACUGUGUCUGGCAAUUGAGUCAACAAUUUCCCGCGGAAUUCGAGUUCACGGAAACGUACCUGACAACUUUGUGGGAUGCUGCCCAUGUUUCCAUUUUCGACACGUUCAUUUUUAACUGCGAGAAAGACCGAGUUGCGGCAGCUACGGAUCCAGAGAAACCUCUUGUUCUAAGAAGUGUGUGGGAUUGGAGAGAGCAAUUCAGCGACCAAGAUAUUUUGUUAUUUGAUAAUCCCCUUUACAAUCCCCGCGAGACAGACUCCAAGGAGAAAUGUGUGAUAAAACCCCUGUACAAUGUCGCGAAUCUAGAACUUUGGACUCAGUGUUACUUUCGAUGGAUACCAACACUGGAGAUUCAUAAUGGUGGUCGGAAUCAUAUUGAGCUUUAUGCCAGGCUACUACGAAAUGAUGUGAAUCAGUUGAAGAUGAACAUAAAUGGUAAUUGCGGAUCGCCUACUGGUAAAUCAAACAGCUACUCCGUUCAGAUGAAUAUCGAUAGCUUCUAUCCAUUUUCAAAUAAGAAAUCUGGGAAUAUAGUGAGCACCCCAAUCAUGAACAGCUCCAUUCUUGCUACAAAAAGCCUGUUAGAAGCGCAGUCCUUGAUCACUGCGACCGACUGAUGUACAUAUCUCGCUAACAUUUGUUUUCUUGACUUGUUAAAAGGAACAGAUAACAUCUUUUGUAGUUACGUGAGAAUCGCCAUGAGUAUUAGGGAAAAGUCUCUUAAUCCUUUCAGUGCCAGAUUUUCGUAGUGUUUACAAGCAAGUUAUGAUCGAAAAAAAUAAUUUGCUUGUUUAUUUAUGUCAUAAAUUUCAUUUGUAUUUAUGUUGUAGAUAUGUUCGGAAU